AUGCGAUUAAAAAUAACCUUAAAUGAUGCUUGUAAUAUUGCCAGAGCUCGUAAUGGUUUGUGUCUUUCAGAUACAUAUAUUAAUAUUUCCACACCAUUGAGAUGGAAAUGUUCUAAAGAUCAUGAAUGGGAUGCUCCACUUGAUAGAAUAAAAUAUAGGAAUACUUGGUGCCCUGUUUGUGCAGGUCGGCAUUCUUUUCAUCUUGAAAUUGCUAGAAAGAUUGCUAUAGAUAGAGGUGGAUUAUGUCUUUCUAUCCAAUGUACAGCUACCAAGGAAUUAUUACAGUGGAGAUGUUCCAAAGGUCAUGAAUGGUCAGCAACCUACAAUAAUAUUAUACACAAUAAAAAUUGGUGCAUAAAAUGUUCGCAUAGAAAGCCUUGUACUCUUGAAGAUGCUAUAAAAGUCGCACAUACUAGAAAUGGAAAAUGUCUUUCUGAAAAAUUUAUUAAUGGUAAGUCACUAUUAUUAUGGCGCUGUGCUGUAAGUCAUGAAUGGAAUGCUAGUCUUGAGAGUGUAAAAAAUAAAAACACAUGGUGUCCACAUUGUGUAGGAGGUAGACCCCGAUAUACUCUUGAAGAUGCUAGAAAAAUUGCGCAUGAUAGAAAUGGGAAAUGUCUUUCUGAAAAAUAUAUUAAUAGCAUGACAGCUUUAUUGUGGCGUUGUUCUAAAGGGUAUGAAUGGAAUGCAACAUUUAAUAGUAUUAAAAAUGCAAAUUCAUGGUGUCCCCAUUGUUCUGGACGAUACGCCUGUGAUAUUGAUCAAGCCAAGCAAAUUGCAUUUAGUCGGAAUGGUGAGUGUCUCUCUACCUCAUAUUUUAAUAACUAUUCAAAUCUAUUAUGGAAAUGUGUUAAAGGACAUAUAUGGCAUGCAACACUUAAUUCUAUUAAAGAUCGAAAUACCUGGUGUCCAAUUUGUCGAAAUAAAUAUGAAAAUUUAUGUCAUGAAAUUGUUUCUAAAUAUCUUGGACCGCCAUCUAAGAUACGUUGUCCUAAUUUCUUAAAAACACCAGAACAUUCCACAGGUUUAGAACUUGAUAUAUUUUAUCCUGAAUAUGGUUUUGCAAUUGAAGUACAAGGAGUGCAACAUGAAAAAUAUAUCGAAUUCUUUCAUAAUGGUGAUCCCAAUAAUUUUAUUAAACAGCAAGCACGGGAUCAACUCAAGAAAGAAUUGUGCGAAGAAAACUGGAUUGCUUUAAGAUAUGUCUGGUAUUAUGAAGAUCCAUAUAUAGCUUUAACUAUUUCUCUUUUUCCGAGCUAG